AUGCUGCGCCAGGCUAUUCAAGGAGCCCGAUGGUGUCAGCAUGUGGCCCGCAGCCCAUCGACACGCGCUCCACGCCGGGUCUUCUCCGCCGUAGCUCCGCGGCGUCUUAAUUUUGGCGGACCGAACGACAAAGUCACAUUCUACGAACAAGAAUCCUCCGAGAGCAAAACACGACGCAGAAUCGAUCCAGAAGCCGAAGAUAUUGAGGAGCGAGAUGAGGUCAAAAAGGAGCUCGCGAAGCUCGAGGAUGAAUUGAAGGUUUUGGAGGAGGGACCUUUCGCUCCCAACAGCCCUUUCAUGAAAAGUUUGCCAGAAGAGGACCGCAAGAUUGCCCUAGAAGCUCUGAGAAAAUUUGAUGAGGAAAAUCCUAAGCCCGCAGAUGAGCCUGGGUUGCAUCAAGUCUUCGACAAAGAGCUUGAUGAUAUGCUACGAGAGGAGUUUGAAGGCCUCGCGAUGGAAGAAGAGAACUGGGAGGAUGGCGUCAAGAGUCGGCGAAGACUAGCUGCUAGACGAUCUGCCGCAGCAAAGCGUGCAGGGGCAGAGUCUCAUCCUUAUGCUAUAAAGUUUAACAAUUCCCUACGACAACUCCAAGGAAAGAUGUCAGACGAGCGGGCUCGACAAGACUUAUGGAAGUGGUACCGACGAUGCAAGCAGACUAUCCCAGGCUUUUUAACAAUAAUGCCUGAGAGGGCACUCGAAACCAUAUGGGAUGCACAAGCAAUAGGAGAGUCCGACCAGGCUACACGUUUAACACAUUUGCAAAUUCUAGUCCAGGACGCUAAAUCCAUCGGCCAGGAACUGGCCACGCCUCAAAUCCUGGUUUACAUCACAACUCUGCAUGAAAGUGGCUCUACCAACCUUGCACUGGAACAAUGGGAGGCAUAUCAAGCAGAGCUGUCGCAGAAGAAGGAGGAUUUGGAAGAAUACUGGAAGCUUGGAGUACGAUUAUUUGCUGCAGACAACAACCCACAACGAGCUCAAGAUAUUGCUUUGGCUUUCCUGGCAAACGACCGAACUCGUCAGCCGCGUGUACUCAUUCCUGUCAUCACAGCAUGGGGAAGGCUGCCCGGAAAGGAAGCUGAAGUAAAGGCUUGGGCACUUUAUCUACAGCUGAAGACAUUCUUGGGCUCAGAUAUGACAAUGGAAGACUAUGAUCAAAUCAGCAUUGCCCUUCUCACGGCUGGUCGAUUGGAUACUGCAGUUGCAAUCUUCAAGGAUAUGAUGGUGACCGGCAAAGACCCGGCUAAUGACUCGACUUCUUUGUACAAAGCCGCGCUGGGUCUGGCGGGUAAUCUUCAUGCAUCGAGCAUCAAUGAAAACGAAGUGAACAAGGUAUCUUUGUCGGCACUCAAGGUGUUACCCCGCCAGUUCCAGAAUCGGUUCUUCUAUGCAAGUUGGAUGAAGAAGCUCAUUGGUAUGGGCGAGGUCGACUCUGCUGCUCUGGUCAUUGAACUUAUGUACGAACGGUGUGUCAAACCUGAUAGCAAGCACUUGAAUGGAAUCAUUGCGGGCUGGCUCCGCGACGGGAACACAAGUGCACGCGACAAGGCAGAGCGACUUGGCUGGGCCAUGAUCCAGAAGCGUAUCGAUGUUGUAUGGAGACGAUACCAGCCAGCCGAGACUACCCCUCAGCUUCGAGUCAGAUCUGGGGAGACAGAGUCUGUACGUAUGCCCCAGUUCAUGCAGAGAGAGGUCCCGCCUGCGAGCAUCGAGACCUUCUCUAUCCUUCUUCUUCAUUACACACGCCGAGGCGAUGACGACAUGGUCAAAUACUUGGUCAAGUGUCUUGGGGAUGCACAUAUCAAGCCAAACUCUUACUUCAUGAACCACCUUCUCUAUGCAGAGCUCCGAAAGCAAGACGUGAAAAAACUAUGGACCAAGUUCCAGACAAUGUCUACCGCCAUCCGGCCUGACGUGGAAACAUAUGCCUGCCUCUGGGACUGUGCCAAGCUCCAAUACGACCGCGGGCGUACUGCCUUCGAUGCGGGCUUUCCAUCAGCGCGUCAACUCUAUGCCAACAUGAUAUCCUGGUACUCACAGCUAUCUCCUCGUGCCCAAAAAAACACCCAAGCGCAGAUUCCUAGAGCUCUAUUUGAUCAGAUUGUACGAUGUUUCUGUCUAUCGAAGGACCUCUCCGGCACAUUGGUCGUCCUACACUCGAUGCAUUCAGCCUUCGGCUUCGCACCUGAUGAAACCACCGCCCGCAUGAUAGUACUUCAAAUUGCGCGACUGGCUGGUGUACCGGCCGACACUCCCAAACGGCGCCUCCGCCGCUUGUCUUCGACACCACGAAGCAAAGAGAAUAUCGGCCAAGUCAGCCGUUUACUAGAGCUGUUGGGUGACCGCAAAGCUGAAAACCUGCGAUUGCAAGGGUUGAGUCUUGAACAGCUGGAUCCACGGGAGAUGGAACAGUAUCAACUAGAGAUCAUGGCUAGUCUCUUACGGAUCGUGAUGAGCCGAGCAGAUGCUUUGGAUCCAGUUCAAGUCGAAAAUAAACUCGAGGUAGCGGCGAAGGAGAUGUUGGCCGAACAUAUCGACUUGGGGGUACCCUUGGGGGCAGACGAUAGCAAGCUUCUGUGA